AUGUUCCCGGACUUGGUGCGCCCUAUGGAUCAGCCACACAGCACAACAGCAAUGUUUCUGAACCAGAGCAAUACAGCUGAUAUGGACCUAUCGGAACUCCUUCUAGUUAAUUCGACAAACAAAACAGGACAUGUUGCUUAUUCUGAAGAUGAGGAUUCGACCUUUGGCAAUGUAACGAAAGAAAAUGUGAGAAAUUUGUGCGCUGGGUCUUUAAAUUCCAGUACAGCUGAAUGUCUGCUUUCAACAAACCUGAGCGCAACAGGAAUGAUGGAACUCAGCGCAACGGUUGAUGAUUCUGAUCCAGAUCUACUCAAUUCGUCUCUAGAAACAAGUCAAGAGGAGGCGCUGAAUUCGGAACCGUUGUUUUUAGCAGAAGAUCUGCAUGCUGGUGAACUGAACGCAGCACUCAAAAGCGAUUCAGCAGAAGCCGACCCAAAUACUCGUACGGAUCCCCGGAUUAGCAGAGCACGGGGACUACUGGUAACAAUUCGCGGUGCAGCAGACGCUUUACUGCACAUGUUGCGAACAGUUACGAGCGGUGCUGGUGGUGACCAUGAUAGCAAUGACGAGGAUGACAAUUUGCCGAAUCUCAACACUAGCACAGUGGGCAGAAUUCAUGAAAAUUCAAUGAAAUGA